GAUCAGUUACUCAAGAUGUUGUCGACCAAGUUAGUUUGUUUCGCACUGGCCAGUUUGGCCUUGGGUCAACUUUACCUGGUGGCCAGCGAGGAAACCGUUGCCGUUUGUCCAACCAACUUCACCCAGGUGGCGGGCAAAUGCCUCCUUUUUGAUAAUAGUUGGAAGAACUUCUUCGGAUCGUCACUGUCAAUCCCUUAACGCCGGACUUCUGAGCUUUAGCAAUAAAAUGGAGUUCACUGCCAUCAACGAAUGGCUGACAACUGUUGUACCCCAAAGCCCAGAGCUGUGGACAUCCGGAAAUAAGCUGGGCGGAAGUGAAGAUUACUACUGGCAGAGCACUGGGAAGAAGGCAUUCUACCUUCCCUGGCAGGCUGGUCAACCCACUCCCAUCACCGGUGAUUGCCUCACACUGUUGGCCAAUGUCACCAUGACUGCCGAAGGGACCACAAUGAGCGAGCACCGCUUGUCCGUGAGGGGCUGCACCAAAUGGGCACCACACGUCUGCCAGGCCCCACUGCAAAUCUUCAAGACGCAGCUUUGUCUUAACACCACUGCUUUCUUCGAGGCCAAGGUACCCGCUUAGGUCAAUUGAAGGGGUUCCUCCUAAUGGCAAUAGUUGUUUGUUUUCAAUCGUUUUUAUAUGACUAAAAACAACUAUAAUGAAAAAAAAUUUCAAAAUUUGCAAAUUAAGCGUUUAUUGACAUUUUAAGCACACUAGCACGAAAUAAGUUUAUAACUCGCGUUUUUAAGUUGCAUAAAAUGAAAUAAAGUUUAAAUUAAAUCAAUGUAUUUAAGGUAAUGUUGAAACUUUACUUUUUAGUUAGGUUUUUAUGUGAUUACAUUGUUUAAAAAAUAUUUGAAAAAGAG